AUGCCAGUAACUUUUAAAGAACUUCUAGGGGUGGAUGCCAGUUUUGUCAGGAUUCAUAGGAAUGGGGCACGCCCACAAUACAAUUCUGACCGACCUGUAUCCAUUACUGCAAAGCUGACCGACCGUAGUAAAAUCAACACAAUUCUUAAUGCCCAAAAGCUAAAGAAAAUUGCCAAACAACCAUUACCCUUCUUUAUUACCACACAACAACCUGCAUCCAUUGUAUCCGCUCGAAACAGGGUGUAUGAUACAGCAGAGUCUUUGCGCAGCCAAAACAUCACUGUUAAGAUUCAAAAGAAUCAGAUCAUUUUGCCCAAUGGCUCCAGUUAUAAAGAUGACGUACCAUUUCUAUCAAAUGCGGACGCCUUAUUGGUAACGCCUGAAGAGACGGAACAUCCAGACUCAGUUGAAACAAAACAAAUCGGGCCCAAUCAAAAAGGACGGCUCGGAAUUUAUGGCUUUCGGUGCUCGAGAUAA